AUGCCUGCUCGCUGUGCUCGAAGCGCUUCAAACGUCGGAGCCACCUGGUCCGACACGCUGCCACCCACAGCCAGGCCAGGCCCUUCGCUUGCCGACCGUGUAGCAGCUCCUUUCAGCAGCAAUUGCCGUCGCAAGUCUAUCGAGUGCGUCAACUCCAGCCUGGCUGAGCAGAACUCUCAUCACCCUCAAGGGUCUGUGGAUCUAAAUGGCUCUUCUCUCAAUACUUUCCAGUCUCAAGAUGCCCAUGGGUCAGACACCCUGGCCUCCCCUGUAUCCUUUGGGGACGCAAGAUCGUUCUCGGAUCCAGCGAGCUCGACCCUUGCCUCGGACAUCUUUUCUUUUAGUCAUGCUGGCAAUUACCCGUGGUUUGACCUCUUCGAUACAUCAGGGUCCUUGUCUGAGAUCUUCUCAUCAACAGCUCAAGCCCCCGGCACAUACUCGUUCGACUUCUUGAGUAUUUUCACUAACAAAACCGAGUUAAUACAUUCAUUCGACUGUGGGUCUCAUCGCGACAGGCUCAAAGUCGUUUCCGAGUUCUCGCGUAACGAGCCUGAGGCUGCAGAGCAUCAGUCUCCAGACAACACGAUUGAUUCCAACUCUUUAGUGUCGGCCGUCAACCAGAAUCAAAUCACUCAAGAGCCUCUUACUUUGAGAACCUACGAGAUUCUGCUCCAGAUGAAGAGUGCUUUCGAUAGCAAGCCUAAGAAUAGUUGCAUCACUCAAGAAUGGUCUUUCGUAAUGGAACAGCAGUGCCUGGAAUUCUUUUCACCAAAAAGGAUAAGAAAGUAUCUGGCCUUGUACUGGGAAAUAUGGCACCCCAACAUAAAUUUCAUUCAUCGGCCAACUUUUGACCCCAUGUCCUGCAAGUUGGGUCUGAUGGCCGCCAUGCUUGUUAUCGGCGCUUCGGUUUCGCCAAAUCCUUCAGAUCUUGACCAGGCAAAGCAAUGGUACAGUCCUGUCGAGGAAAUAGUCUUUACAGAUCAAGAAUUCUUAAAAGAUAGGAACGCUGAGGAUAACACAAUACCUUUAGCGUAUAACAGCAGCUUGAGUGAGAUCCAAGCUAUGCAGGCCGCAUAUCUGGUCUCGAUGUUCGCUGUCAAUAUUACCGUUUACAAUGCAAUCAGAGUCUUCAGCAAGAGCGAGAUGACUGAAUACAUGGUAGGACAGUUUGCUGAUCUUGGCCCUCUGAAUCUAUUUGCGGUUGUGGCUGGUAAGAAAUGA